UAAUAGUAAUUAAAAAAUAAACCAAAACAAAAAAAAGGACCAAAAAAGAAAAAAAAAGGAAUCCCAAAAAUAAAAAUAAAAAAUUGAUUCAGUUUCUGGAAAUUUUUUAUGAUCAAAUCAAAUUGAAAUAUUGAGUGUUCUGACAAAUAUGGUUAUUUUUGUUACUUGGAUUAACCAAUAUGGUUCUUGAUUAACAAUUUUGUAAUUUUUUUUAUUGAAUCAAGAAAAUUGUGGGUGGAUUUUUUUUUUUUUUUUAAAUAUGAUGGAGAGAAGAAGCCCAAAUAAAAAUGGUAAUUUUCUUGAAAAUAAUAUUCAAGAAAAUGUACCAUUUAAUUGUGAAGAUUCAAUUUUUAGCUCAAAUAUGUUCUUGGAUGGUGAUGGAGAAGUUAUUGUUACUCAAAAUUGUGCUAAAUUGUCUUGGAAAUCUGUUGAAUCUGUACUUAAUGGGCAGGAUCCGUCAUCUUGUUUCAGCGUAUCUAAAAGUGAAACCACAUUGUAUUUUAGUGAUAUAUACUCUGCAGAGUUCGUUGAUUGGGGGUUGGUACGCGAAGCUGCCUUCUUGGGCCAAUCAUUUGAGAUGUACCGCUUUACAGUACGUGGAGUCCAGAAAUCAAAGACGCAACCUUCUGUUUUGGUUCCAUCUUCUUACACUUUUGGACAUAAGGAUUCACAAACAUGUCAGAUGUGGGUUAAUCGGAUUAACGAUCUUCUAAAGAUGGACGCUGAGCGGCCAAAAAACCUUCUGGUUCUUGUUAACCCAAAGAGUGGGAAAGGACUUGGAUGUAAAGUUUGGGAAACAGUGGCUCUGACAUUUUCUCAAGCGAAAGUGAAAACUAAGGUUACUGUGACCGAAAGGGCAGGACAAGCUCUUGAUAUAAUGUCUUCCAUUACAAGUAGAGAGCUCCGUUCAUACGAUGGCGUGGUAGCAGUUGGCGGUGAUGGAUUUUUCAAUGAAAUACUGAACGGUCUUCUCUUGUCGAGGCACAAAUGUUCAUAUCCACCGAGCCCUACUGAACUUAACCAUCCCGUUGAGAAUAAUGGCAGCGGGCUUGUUCUUGAGACCAAUGUGGAUAUCAGGGACCCAUCUGAUAGCGGUGAGGAUGAUUCUCCUCUUCUGAAGCAAUCAACAAAUCUCAGAACCGGAGAAGAUUCCUGCCAAACAGCAGCGGAAGAUCUUAAGUUUUCUUUCCCAAAUGAAAAAUUCCGAUUUGGACUCAUUCCGGCAGGAUCAACAGAUGCCAUUGUAAUUUGUACGACAGGGGCUAGGGAUGCGAUGACUUCUGCAUUGCAGAUCGUCCUUGGUAAAUCGGUGUGCCUUGAUAUAGCUCAAGUUGUAAGAUGGAAAAAGACGUCUAUAUCUAAGGAUGAACCCUCUGUACGUUAUGCCGCUUCUUUUGCUGGGUACGGGUUUUAUGGAGAUGUAAUCACCGAGAG